UAGCAGCAUGGCGGACAUUGGAUCUCAGCAAGCUUGUAUCAACACUGGAUGUAUCCGCCUCUGAGCUCGUCUCGCACCAGCGUGACUCUCUGCUCAAGCGCAAAGAUCUGGCACAAAAGACGAAAGACUUCAAGAAGCUGGACGAUGCGGCCAAGCUGCUGGACAUCAAAGACUUGCUCAAGUCGUACCAGGGAUAUAUCGAUGUACUCACCAACCACAACAAGACCAUAUCUUCGGCUUUCAUGCAAGCAUAUACUCCGUUGUCGGAGGCCCCGGAUCCCUACCCUCUGUUGGAUGCAUCGAUUGACUCGCUGGUGACGGUGGAGGAAGUCGUACCGAAACUUGAAGGCGAGAACGAGCGUUUGCAGAAACAGGUCAACAAGUUGAACUCGCAGCUUGAAGACUCCGAGAAACAGCUGGAGGAAGAGCGCAACAAGAGGCAAUCAUCUGAAGGCUCACAAGACUCGCGGAUCAAGGAAGUGGAAGAGUCGUGGUCUGCUGUGCUGAAAGAGAAGGAAGACAAUUGGACGGCAAAGGAGCAGAGUCUAGAGGAGAAGGUUGAGAGUCAGGACAGGAUCUUGAAGGAGCUGAAGGCGAGCUACGAG